UCUUCGUUUGUGCGUGGAGGGAUACCGCGGGCAGAUAAAGUCUCGCAGAAAAAUAUGUCGUAGUAAGACGACAGUUUCGCCAGUUAUACCCGAGCUUUCUAGAGUGCUGGAUCGUUCUUUUCCUUUCAUACGACCAUCACGAUCUCACGAACGAAAUAAAUACGCCGGUAACGACGAUGGAGUCCUGUCUGACGCAGAGUUGCGCUGGAGCCGCAAGCGGAACGUCGGGCUCGGUAUUCGUGCAGCUCGUGCAGAGCCUUUUAGUAGCGCAAUGCUCGUUGAGCAAAGAUUCGAAUUAUCCGGCGGAUCGGAAGAGCGAGGUGUUGGCGAAUUUGGAUGAGAGUUACGACUUCGUGGUGGUCGGCGGAGGGAGCGCGGGCUCUGUCACAGCGAGCAGACUCUCAGAGAAUCCAAAUUGGAAAGUAUUGCUGAUCGAGGCUGGUAAGAAUCCUUCGAUAGCCAGUCACGUACCGGCGUUGGUGCUCACUCUCCAGGGCUCGGAGGAAGAUUACGCGUACGAGGUCGAACCGGACGAGAAGUCCUGUCAGGCAAUGAAGAAGAAGCGGUGCAUAUGGGCAAAGGGGAAAGCUCUGGGCGGGAGUUCAGUGAUCAACGCGAUGUUGUAUGUGCGCGGUAACGAUCGCGAUUACGACGAGUGGGCGGCGCGAGGUAAUCCGGGAUGGAGUUUCGAGGAGGUUUUGCCUUAUUUCAAAAAGUCAGAAAACUAUCCGGCCGAGCUGGUGGCUAAGGUCGGGGGCAAGUUGUUCGGAAGCGGGGGCCCGCUGUCGCUGCAAACGUUCAACUACUCGGACACGAACGCGCAGGAAAUCCUGUUGGAUGCCGUUCGGGAGUUGGGCUUGCCGGUAUUCGAGGCUGUCAACGAUGGAACUUACGUCGGUUAUGGAAGAGCGCAUGGAACUGUUGAAAACGGAGCCCGGAAGAACGUUGCAGAGGCUUUUCUCUCGGUGGCCAAAGAUCGCAAGAAUUUGUUCGUGAUGAAAUCGUCCAAGGCGGAGCGAGUAGUUCUCGAUGGGAACCGGGCCACGGGAGUGGUCGUCAAGCUCCCCGACGAUCGCUCCAUCACGGUCAAAGCAUCGAAGGAAGUUAUUCUGUCGGCCGGAAGCAUCGAGAGCCCGCGGCUGUUGAUGCUCUCGGGUAUAGGGCCGAAGGAACAUCUGAAGGAGGUUGGGAUCCGAGUCGUCGCGGACUUGCCGGUCGGUCGGAACCUCCAGGACCACGUUCUUUGGCUGGGAAUCCAACUGGAGUACGUCAACGCUUCGGUCAGCGAUUUGCCUCCGACGUGGUGGUUGGAUCAGGCUUACAAUUACUUGGUUCACAGAACCGGAGAGUUUACGACACUGGGUUCGAUCGACUUGCUCGGUUUCGUCGAUACGAAAGAUCCGGACUCGAAGUAUCCGGACGUGGAAUUUCACCACACGAUCGUACCGCGCGGACAGAGUCUCAAAGUCCAGACUCUACUGGCAGCUUUCGCGAUCGACGCUGAGACGAUCGCGGCCGCGGAAAAAGCCACUCUCGAAAGCGACGUCAUCUGGAUGCUCCCGGCUUUACUGAGGCCCAAAAGCGUGGGAGAGCUCACAUUGCGAAGCUCCAAUCCUGACGACCGCCCGAAAAUACACGCUAAUUACUUCGCCGAACGCGACGACGUCGAAACCAUGCUGAGGAGCGUCCAAUACGCCAAGAAACUCUUGAACACUCGGGCCAUGAAGAAACUCGGCGCGAAACUCCGUCACUUCAAAAUUCCUGGAUGUUCCCAGCACAAAUUUGACACCAGGGAGUAUUGGGAAUGCAGCCUGAGACACGUCGCCGGAACUGUUUAUCACCCCUGCGGGACCGCCAGAAUGGGACCAGCCGACGACCCCACCGCGGUCGUUGACUCCCGAUUAAAGGUUCACGGCAUCGAAUCCCUCAGAGUAAUCGAUGCUUCGAUCAUGCCAAACCUACCCAGUGGCAACACCAACUCUCCCACUCUCAUGAUCGCUGAGAAAGCUUCCGACAUGAUAAAAAAGGAUUGGUCCAAGAAGGAAGAGCUUUGAACGAACUCGAAGAUUCGAUCUCGUUCCACCAUAUUUUAUUGCACUCUUCAUCAAUUUUCCUUUUUCCUAAUCUUUUCAUACCAAUGUAGAUUGGAUGCACUGCGUUCGCUGUGGCAAAAAAGCGUACAAUUUCUCACCCCCCCCCCCCCCCUCCCCGGCUGUUUUAUUCUUCGAAACAGUAAUUUUCUGUAGGCAAUAUCGAAAGGAAAGCGAAGCAGCAAGAAAUCAUUGAUUGAAACCACAAACACGAGAACACCGAGUUAAGUGUGCCAUGACGAAGAAUUCCUCGCGACUGUUCCACUACGAGAUUGGUCCAUGGAGCCUUGCCGGAGAAACUAAGAGUAUGGAAUAGAAAAAGAAAAAGAUUUAAUAUCGAUCGAAAAAAAUGAGCUCCUUAAUGUCGUUCGUACACGAAAUUAUUUUGCAAUUCAUUUGAUGUGGUUGACCACGAUUGCACAUGUCGAGGAAUGUACUUCGAAGCUCGUAAAAUUCAACAUUUUGUUUAUUGAAAUAAUUAAGAUGAUAAGAGUGUAAUGUUGUUGGAAAGCUUGAUAAAUUAUUACGAUUUGCCUCUAGAGUACAAAUAUACUAGACGACACGCGAGAAUCAUGCUAAUCGAAUAAAAUGCUAAUGCCAAUUGAAUUGUAAAUGUUGCUAAUUGAAUAAAGAAAGUUCAUGAUUUACUGAAA